AUGCAGGACCCUUCGCAUGAAAUUCGGGAAGAUUUUUGUAGGCGGGCAUGGACACGAAUAAAGCAAACGAGCCGCGAAAAUUUAUACGCUCCUCCAGUCACUUGCUUUAUUCCGUACCCUGGUUCAGUCAUACAUCUAGGCCAGUGGAAUUUAAAAAUCGCAGAAAACUUCCCUUCCUCCCCUGGUGCCAAAGCGAAUCGACAGCCAUCGCGAGGGCGAGAGUUCGCUGUCGUAGCAGCCCACUCCUACAGCGUCGGUCUCCCUCUCCUGGACGUGUGA